AUGGCCAGCACAGAGAAACUAUUCACUUCGCUUAAAAUCGCCAACGGGCGUAUUGAGCUUAAACACAGAGUCAUCAUGGCACCGAUGACUCGAAAUAGGGGUGUGCCGCUUGCAGAUGGCACCUCCGAACAUCCAAACCGGACAUGGCUUCCGGACGAUCUUGUCGCUCUAUACUAUGGGCAACGGGCAUCCUCCGGUGGCCUUUUGAUCACGGAGGGUAUCCCUCCUUCGAUCGAAGCAAGUGGCAUGCCGAAUGUCCCUGGGUUGUUCGAUAAAUCGCAAGUCCCUGGUUGGAGAAAGGUUGUCGAGGCAGUACAUGCGAAGGGCGGAUACAUCUAUGCUCAACUCUGGCACGCAGGACGGGCAACUGUUCCGCAAUUCUCCGGGGCCGGACCAUUUAGUUCCUCAUCCAUUGCGUGGGAUGAUGAUGAAAAGUUUCCGUUCCGGACUCCUUUCACAAAAGAGAAGAUUGCAUACCGAGAUCAUCCGCCCAUUGCUAUGAGCCAGGACCAGAUCAGGAAAACAAUUGACGAUUUUGUUGCUGCCGCCAAGUUAGCUAUCGACAUUGGCUUUGAUGGUGUUGAGAUCAAUGGCGGUAACGGUAAUCUGCUUGACCAAUUUCUUCAUUCCAAUAUCAACACGCGCACCGACGAAUAUGGCGGGUCUCCGGAGAGGCGUAGCAAGUUUGUACUGGAGCUUAUCACGGCUUUAGCAGACGCCAUUGGUGCCUCCAACAUCGGCAUUCGUUUGGAGCCGACUGGCCUCUAUCAACACACACGAGGCAUAGAGCGUGUUGAGACAUGGUCGUACCUAUGCCGACAGCUUGCUGACACUUAUCAAGGAGACAAGAAGCUAUCCUAUGUGCAUUUCAUUGAGCCACGUUUUGACCGCAUCGGCUCCGAGAAUGAGAAGGAUGGCUUUUACCAGUCCUGGAGUCUCCCGGAAGUUUCAAAUGAGCCUUUCCGGAAGAUCCUAGCGAACAAGUCCAUCCCAGUGUUUUCAUGUGGUGGCUGGGAUGACAAGAACGCUGGAGAAGCCUCAGAAAAGGGUUGGGAUGGUGUUGUGUUUGCGAAGUGGUUUACAAGUAACCCGGAUCUGCCGGAAAGGAUACUUAAAGGCCAGCCUCUGACCGAAUAUGAUCGGAGCAGGUUCUACGGUUCUUGGGACGGUAUUAGAGAGAAUGGCUAUACGAAUUACCUUCCAUUUGGGGAGGAAAAAGAGAAGAAGAUAGAGCAAGAAAAGAAGAUACCCUCGUAA